GGCCAAGUUCCCCACCCUCUCAUGGCUGAGGUGUAUGCGGGGCGCUACCGCUGUGUCUGCCUCAGCGCUGCUGGCUGCUCAGAGCCCAGUGCCGCCCUGGAGCUGGGGUGACAGUGAGGAAGCCACACCUGAGCAGGAGCUGGGGGAGGGGCUGCUCCCUUCCUGUGAGGCCGCAGAUGAGGAACCCGUGACGUCUCCCCGGUCAUCUCCAGCCGGGCUCUGGGCCUGCGCCCCUCACAGCUGCUCUGCUCCACGGGACCAUGGGCGGCAGGGACAAGACCCCGGCCCUCACUGCCCUCCUCUGCCUGGGGCUGUGCUGGGCACCAGGGGAUAAGGCACAGGCGGAGGCCUGGCCCAGUCCCUCCAUCUCCGCUGAGCCAGGCCCCACGGUCCUCCUGGGGCAGCCCGUGACCAUCGUGUGUCGGAGCCCUGCUGGGUUUGACGCUGUCCGCCUGGAGAAAGAAGGAAGUGAGGUCAAGAAUGAGAGGAGCACGUCGCCUAACCAGAGGGAGGCGCGGUUUCCCCUCCUCGCCAUGGACGCAGACACGGCUGGGCG